AACAGCAUCAGUACCAGCUCGGCGGUGCAAAUAAACCGAAACUAGGAGGACGUUGGAAAAUACCCACCUUAACCCCUCUUAUUCCGGUACCAGCACAUCGGACCGGCACGAUGGUCGACCAGAAGGAAUCUCUUCGUAAGAUCAUCACCACACUGGCCUUGAAGAAUGAGGAGAUCACUAACUUCAUCUGUAGUCUCAAACAAAGCCUGGAGAAUUUAGAGGUAAACUCCAGCCGUGUCCAGGAAGACUUAGAGUCUGAAUUUAAUUCCCUCCAUGCUGUUCUUGAUGAGUUGAAGGAGGGCAUGGUGACACGAAUCAAACAAGAGAGGGCCGGUCGUACAUAUGAGCUACAGAGUCAGCUGAGUGCAUGUUCCAAAGCCUUAGAGAGUUCAGAGGAGUUACUGGAGCUGGCCAACCAGACGCUCUGCUCCUCUGAGACCGAUGGCUUCACGCAGGCGGCCAAAGACAUUAAGGAUAGCGUGACAAUGGCCCCAGCCUUUCGUCUGUCCCUGAAGGCCAAAGCCAGUGACAACAUGAGUCACAUGAUGGUGGAUUUCAGCCAGGAGAGAGAGAUGCUGCGGGGAAUCAAGUUCCUCCCAGUGCCAGCCACUCCUGAGAUCCAGAUUUCAGAGUGCCAGGUGCUUGACAACACAGUGGCCGUAGUCUGGACUCUACCAGAGCCUGACAACAAGAUAGACCACUACAUACUGGAGCACCGGCGCACCAAUCACGAGGGGCCGCCACGCAUCAGGGACGAUUACCCCUGGAUGGUGGUGGAGGGGAUCCGGGAAAUGGAGCAUACACUCACCGGGCUGCGCUUUGACACCCGCUACAUGACGUUUCGAGUGAAAGCGUGCAACAAGGCUGUGGCAGGAGACUUCUCUGAGCCAGUUACAUUAGAGACGCACGCUUUCCUUUUCAAACUGGAUGCUGGCUCAGCACACCAGAACCUGAAGGUGGAGGACUUGACUGUGGAGUGGGACAGCAGUGGAGGGAAGAUACAGGACAUCCGCAAGGACAAAAACAGAACCAACUCCCCAAUGCACUCCCCAGCCAGGUCAGCCCUGAUGUCACCCAAGAGAACUUCCACCACUCGGGCUGGCAGAGACAGGUUCACCGCUGAAUCCUACACAGUGUUGGCCGACACCAUGAUCGAUGCUGGCCAGCAAUACUGGGAGGUUUGCUUUGACAAGGAGAGCAAAGCCUUCGCGGUGGGUGUGGCCCUGAGGAGCCUUGGUCGAUUUGACCAGCUAGGGAAGAGCGGCGCUUCCUGGUGCAUCCACCUGAACAACUGGCUCCAGCAGAGCCUCACCGCCAAGCACAACAAUAAGUCACGGACCUUGGACUGCCCAAUCCCCGACCGUAUAGGAGUCUACUGCAACUAUGAGGAAGGUGCCCUCUCUUUCUAUAAUGCCAGAACCAAGCAGCUGAUGCACACCUUCAGAACCAAGUUCCAGCAGCCUGUCAUACCGGCCUUCAUGGUGUGGAACGGUAGUUUCUCAGUCAAGACGGGCCUACAGGUCCCCAGCGUGGUGCAGAGCGGCCAGCGGAAGAACAGUGGCACCAGCAGCUCAAAUGCCAGCCUCACUUAGUGAGGUCAUCCAGCCAAGCCAGCCAGCUCAACUCCAGCACAGCUCGGCCCAGCCGGAGAAACCUGCUGCAGAACUUUACCUCUGCUUUGGCUGCGGUCAAGGCCAUAUCAUGGAAGAGUUAUAUCACUGAAGUAUGGAGGUUUCAGUUUCUCUGUUAUUGUCUGUGUAGCAUGACAAGAAAAAAAAAAUGAAAUGAGAAUUUACCGUCAGUGACAGAACUCUUUAGUUUUAUGACUCUGGCUGUGGAGAUGCCUGAGGUGCAGUAAAAGUAGUCUGACUAGUUAUCUGCUCUCUACACAUUUGUUUCGCACAGUUUCACUGUAACUUAGAGCAAUGACAUAGCGCUGGCCGCUGCCCUCCCAUACCAUCACCAUUGCUGUCAACAUAGUAUCAUGCAGCCAGCUGCAUAUGUGAGGGCCAUGCCCUUCAUUUCAAUUUGCUCACUCCCUGUGCCUUCCUAAUUGCGUAUCCAAACCGAAAGGCCAAAAUAGGGUGGCCCACAGCAUUGUGCUGUCUUUCAGUGCAGAAGAUGGUCUAUCGCCUUAUUUCACCUUUAAAACAGUAUAUUGUUAUCUGUGUGUCCAUGUAACUUGGUUAUAACAUAGCUUAGGCAUCACCAUUGCAUACUGAAUCUCAAAAAUCCUCUGCUUUUAACUUUUCUAUUGUGGCCUCAACGUAGAGAGUCCACUCA